ACCCUAGAUCGACCUCUGCUUAUCCGUCGACUCUCAGUCCUUCCAGAAAACUCUCCUCGCCGUUGCCGUCGCCGCCUCCACCACCGCCCUCCUCCCGUCGUUCGCCCGCGGCGCCUCCUCGAGGUUGCGGUUUCGCUUCCUUGUUGUUCCUGGAGGGUUCGGAGGCAAGAGGCGACAGCCAUGGCCGACGCGAUGAUAGAGGAAAGGGCCGCGCUGCUGGGGAUAGACAUGUCCCAGAUUGAUCUCGACUCGGUCCAGCUCCCCCCAGGGGAAGAUUUCGGCAUCGUCAGUGAUGAUGAAGAUCUAUACCAGGAGGAUAAUUUGGAGUUGGAUACAGGGUUGGGAAAUAUUAUUAUUGUUGAUAAUCUCCCUGUUGUUCCCCGCGAGAAAUUUGAGAAGCUUGAAGGUGUUAUCCGUAAGAUCUAUGGUCAGAUUGGUGUGAUUAAAGAUGAUGGCCUUUGGAUGCCUCUUGAUCCAGAUACACAGAAGACUCUAGGAUACUGCUUUAUCGAGUACAACACCGCUCAGGAAGCUGAGCUUGCAAAAGAGAAGACAAAUGGGUAUAAGUUGGAUAGAGCACAUAUUUUUGCUGUAAGCAUGUUUGAGGACUUUGAUAGGUUUAUGAGAGUUCCAGAUGAAUGGGCACCUCCCGAAACUAAGCCUUAUACCCCAGGGGAGAAUCUUCAGCAGUGGCUCACUGAUGAAAAGGCUCGUGAUCAGUUUGUCAUUCGUGCUGGCUCAGAUACUGAGGUUUUGUGGAAUGAUGCUAGACAGUUGAAGCCUGAGCCUGUCCACAGACGUGCUUUCUGGACAGAGAGUUUCGUGCAAUGGUCGCCCCUAGGAACUUAUUUAGCAACAGUGCACCGGCAAGGUUCUGCAGUUUGGGGAGGUGCCUCUACCUUUAAUCGUCUGAUGCGCUAUGCUCAUCCUCAGGUGAAACUGAUUGAUUUUUCACCCGGUGAGAAGUACUUAGUGACGUACAGCAGCCACGAACCAAGCAAUCCCCGAGAUCCUCAGAGGGUUGUGAUAAAUAUAUUUGAUGUGAGAACGGGGAAAAUAAUGAGAGAUUUUAAAGGAAGUGCUGAUGAUUUUGCUGUUGGUGGAACUGGGGCUGUUACAGGAGUCUCUUGGCCUGUUUUCAGGUGGGGUGGAGGAAGAGAUGAUCAGUACUUUGCUCGAAUUGGGAAAAGUGUUGUCUCUGUCUAUGAAACAGAAACCUUUUCACUCAUUGACAAGAAAUCUCUGAAAGUUGAAAAUGUGAUGGACUUUUGCUGGUCUCCAACUGAUCCCAUUCUUGCGCUGUAUGUUCCUGAACUUGGCGGUGGAAACCAACCAGCUAGGGUGAGCCUUGUCCAAAUUCCUAGCAAGGAGGAAUUGCGACAGAAGAAUCUUUUCAGCGUUAGUGAUUGCAAGAUGUACUGGCAGAGCAAUGGGGACUAUCUAGCUGUCAAGGUGGACCGUUAUACAAAAACAAAGAAGAGCACUUACACAGGCUUUGAGCUCUUCAGAAUCAAAGAACGAGAUAUACCUAUCGAGGUUUUGGAGCUCGAGAAUAAGAAUGAUAAGAUUAUUGCCUUUGCUUGGGAGCCCAAGGGCCACAGAUUUGCAGUUAUCCAUGGUGAUGGUCCAAGGCCUGAUGUGAGCUUCUACUCGAUGAGGAGUGGCAAUAACACAGGCCGUGUUUCAAAGCUAACCACUCUCAAGGGGAAGCAAGCGAAUGCUCUUUUCUGGUCACCUGCUGGUCGCUACAUUAUACUCGCUGGAUUGAAAAAUUUCAAUGGUCAGUUGGAAUUUUACAAUGUCGAUGAGCUUGAAACCAUGGCUACGGCAGAGCAUUUCAUGGCAACAGAUGUUGAAUGGGACCCUACAGGAAGAUAUGUUGCAACUGCUGUAACUUCAGUGCAUGAGAUGGAAAAUGGUUUCAACAUAUGGUCCUUUAAUGGCAAGCUGCUGUACCGGAUUCUGAAGGAUCAUUUCUUUCAGUUUUUAUGGCGCCCGAGGCCACCAUCAUUGUUAAGUCCUGAGAAGGAAGAAGAGAUUGCGAAGAACUUGAAGAAGUACAGCAAGAAGUACGAGGCAGAGGAUCAGGAUGUGUCAAUGCUGUUGAGCGAGCAGGACCGCGAGAAGCGCAAGAUGUUGAAGGAUGAAUGGGAAAAAUGGGUAAGCAGGUGGAAGCAGAUGCAUGAAGAGGAGAAGCUGGACAGACAGAACCUGAGGGAUGGAGAAGCUAGUGAUGAAGAGGAAGAGUACGAAGCGAAAGAAGUUGAGGUCGAGGAAUUAUUGGAUGUUUCUGAGGAGGUUCUUUCUUUUGACUUUGAGGAGUGAGAGAUCAGCUAUUCUUUUGGAUCUUUCUUCAUCCAUCCUGCUUCUAGAUUCGACCGUAGGUUGCCAUGAAGUGACCAUUAGUAUACCUUAUAAGCUCUGGCACUGGCAAUCAGAAGAUGUUUUUUCCUUUUGCAUUCCUUCUUAGGGGAUGCAUGUCAGAGAAGAGAGAGUUUGUUGUUCUUUCAAGGAAUUUAAGAGUUUUAAGAUGGAUACCUGAUUUAACAAAGUUUUGUAGUGCGUUUCUUGCA